AGCAGGUCAUUUGUGUAUCUAUUUGCAACAACAGCCAGAGAAGGGUUGCCCAUGAAACCAACCAAGGAGGAGCACUGAACAUUCCUGGAAAUGUGAAGCAGUAAGAAAGCACAUCUACUUAAAUUCUUCUUGGAGAGGGCAGUCCAUGGAACUGGAAGAAAACCAGGGCUGUGAAGACCUCUGAUGGUUACUCAUCCAGCCACACAACUGCAGUCUUCUAAGUAUCAACCUAAGCUGAAGAGAAACCCAAGACAGUUGCAGUGUUCAAGAGGCAGACCACAUUGCAGUGACAUACACUGCAUACUCUAGCCCUGAAAGAAGCUAUAGAAAGCAAGUUCUAAAUGAAUAGACUACAGUGUAGUAGGUAAAAUAGAGACAAAUGAGUAAAGUCUUGAGAGUUGUGGGAAAUAUACAGACCAAGACACAAAGAACAGUAAACCUCAAAAACUGCUUCAAGAAUUUCUACAGAAGGAAAUACAAGAUCAAGACACAAGUUGCUAAAUCCAAAAGCUGAUGUUAAAGUUAAGACUUCCAGGAUGACUGAUGCUUCAGUUUCUGUGGAAUCUUUAAAAGGUGCAGGAGAUUCAGUAGAUGAACAGAAUAUCUGCAAGGAGGGAAUGAAGAGUGCAUCAUUGAAGGAUUUAUGUCUUGAAGACAAAAGACGCAUUGCAAACUUAAUUAAAGAACUGGCCAGAGUAAGUGAAGAAAAGGAAGUGACAGAAGAACGACUGAAAGCUGAGCAGGAAUCAUUUGAAAAGAAGAUCAGGCAGUUGGAAGAACAGAAUGAACUGAUCAUCAGAGAAAGGGAAGCUCUUCAGCUACAGUAUAGAGAAUGCCAAGAACUUCUAAGUCUCUAUCAGAAAUACCUAUCAGAACAGCAGGAGAAGCUCACCAUGUCUCUCUCAGAACGUAGUGCUGCUAAGAUGCAAGAGCAACAGAUAACCAAUAGGAAAAGUACUCUCCAGUCUUCAUCUGUGGAACUGGAUGGCUCCUACUUGAGUGUAGCCAAACCACAAACGCACUAUCAAACCAAGCAAAGGCCCAAGUCUGCAAGCCGGAACUCAGCUUCAGAAUCCAUUAUGGAGUUUAGGAAUAAUUCUUUGAAACCGACAACACUCUCUCAUCCCAGGGAAGGUCUGGAGAGGCUGCCAUCAGAGAUAAGAACAUGUAAUUAUGAAUCUCCAGGGAGAAAACCAGUGAAUGCAGCCCCAACAGAAAUAGCUCCACCAGAAGAACUGAAGAUGAAGGAAUGUCCACACCUUAAGCCUACUCCAUCUAGGCAGGGUUGUAGUCACAGACUUUCUGAAAAUGAAGAUCAUGUUCAUGAGAUCCAUCCUACAAACAUGGCCCUUCAAUAUUGUAAGACACAUCCAGAAUCAUGCAGUUAUUGUGGGCUUUCUUGGGCAUCUAUUACGCAUAGUAAAGGAGCACUGCAGCCUAGUGAAACUGAAGUCAAAAAGCAACUCUCAGAAGAUAGACGGCAACAACUGAUGCUUCAGAAAAUAGAGCUAGAAAUUGAAAAAGAGCGCCUUCAGCAUCUGCUAGCUCAACAAGAGACAAAGCUUAUACUGAAACAGCAGCAGCUUCAUCAGUCUCGACUGGAUUACGAUUGGCUAAGAACUCAAGCUGUGUUUAAACCAAAGGAACUGGUUGCUGACAAAGAAUUUAUUAAACCUCGAGAGCUCAAUUUGGAUGUAAAUGGGAGUGAUCCUGGACCAAGUGUAUUAAAGUCAAAAUGCAACAGAUGGCUGCCUGGAACUUCAUCGUCCUUUAAAAAGUAUCAAGACUCCCCAAAUAGUGGAGAGAACUGGAAGGAGAAAAAGACGGUUGGGUUUCAGCCACAUAUAGAAGAUGAUGCCAAGUGGAUGUGUCAGGAAAGAGAUACAUGUAGCCCCCAGAGAGGGACAGUGCCAGAAGUUAGAAAAGAUGCAUCUACAUCACCUAUACCAACAGGAAACCAAAAGGAGCUUGUAACCAAGGCCUCAUCAUCAUCCCAAUACAACACCCCCCGGUACAAGACAUCUCUGUUGGAUUUGGUUCAGUCUCUGAGCCCAAACUCUGCUUCCGAACCUCAGCCUCAUCCCUCCAGAGAAGCUGUGACAUGGAAUCACAGCACUUUCCAACUUAGUCCUCAGAAAUCAGCCUGGAAGAAGAUGGGGGCCUGCAGGACCCCUGAAGACCUGGAGGAGAAGCAAAUUCUGGAAGAUAUAUUUUUCAUUUGACUUUGAGACACGGGCCACAAAAUUUUCAUAGGAAAUUUGCAGGUUUCUUCACAUACUGACCUAGGAUGUUAAAUUAUUUAACUGCAAAGUAAUUGUGUCUCUCCUUUUUCAGGGACCUAUCUCACUGGCAGUCAGUAACACACUAAAGGGAGAUGGGUUGGGAGAUGGUAUCUUUUUUUAAUGCGAAACAGAGAUUAGAAUUGUGCUUACUUUCUACAGAGUAGACACCAUUGGAUAUCCAGCACCACAUCAGUUGUUUCCUUCUCAGUGUUCUGCUGGAAAACAUUUGGCUUUCUUUUGUGCACAAGCAAAACCUAGCCACUGGUAGAUUCCUCGAAUAUAAAAGUAGCCUUUUUGUAACAUAAGUGAUUGCAGAGAGACUCGUCAUCAUCACCAUCCUUUUCUCUCACCACCAUUUUGAUCUGAGUAUAAUCAUUUAAUUCUGAGGUUAGAGUUUGUGCCUUCAGUAUUAUAGGUAACACUGGGGACCAGUUGUGAGUGAGUCUUACAGUGAUCGGCUGGGUGGCUCUUCAUGCCAUAAGCAGAAGGUUCUGUAGGACCUUCUAGAAGCAAGGAGCAGACGAAUCCUGGGAAACCAGCACCAUGAAAUCAUAUGGGAAUGAUUGCCUGGGAAAGUGCACUGGAGAGAUAAACCUAAGACAUUUCCCCUACCAAUUUUCAGGUGAUCAUUUCUCCAUUUCCCAAGAAUGAAUAAAAGCAAGCUCUAGGCAGCAUUUGUCCACCCUUGAGCACAUACGCAUUUGAAGUUCCCAUGGUUGUAUCUGGGGGAGAUGUCACUAGAGGGACUCUGUCCUUUCUUCCCUCCCUCUCUACGAGGAUGGAAGGCCCUGUGCUGGCCAGGCCCUGGCAUAUACUCUGUGGAGGAAAGCCAUACUGAGCAGCCUUCGUCCCUUGUCCAAGAUCUGAAUCUCCUUAUCUUUUCAAAGUGAACCUGGGCCUGUCGCUCUACCCAGGCUUCCUUCAGUUGAGUCUUUUUAUUUUUUGGAAGAGAGAAAAAUGGAUCCUUCUGGUAUCAUAUUUUUAAUCUGAGAUAAAUACAAGGUCAAGACUAGCUAGUUGUAGUCACUCCCUUGAAAACUUGAAAAUCAUUGUGGGUUAUAGUUUUCUUUUAAAGUUUACCCCCUGUGAGAGUAACCAAAUCAGUCUCAUCUCCUUUUGCCUUUGGAAUCCUGUGCUUUCACUGUUAUGGCAGAAAUGUCUGCAGACUGAGAGCCCUCCGCUAUUUUUUCAAAAUUAGAUUCCCAGAAUUGCACAUGUGCCCAUGUGUUACAACCAGCUCAAGUGUACCUUUCUACUGUAGACCAGCCAUAACCAUAGACACUUGCUCUGGACACUAGUGUCCUUCCUGCUCUUUGGAGGGAAAGGAUCAAGAAAAAUAAGACAAGGAUUAUAAUUUCUUUAAGAGCAUGCUUGCCUUUAUAAGAAUCAUAAGCCAAACCUAAAAAUUAAAGGCUUUUGAGGAGGUCACAUGCCAGCAAGUGGAAUUUACUUCUUUACCUCCCUGAAUGGGCAGCUAGAGGAGAAAAGAAGGAUUUUAGUCAACAGAAAUGUCAGUCAACACAGCUCUCAUAUGCCUCAUUCCCCCACCAGCUGCCUUUCUCUGUCCUGUAGACAUUAUGUUUGUAUUGGUAUGAGGGAAGUUGGGUGUGAAUUUGUACAUAAUCUAGUAUCUUCACUGUUAGUUGAAUAUUAACAUUUUAAUCUAUAUGAAAUUUACUUUGAGAUGUAUAUGUUGUUGUAGAGCCUGGAGGCUUACCCUGAUUGUAUACUAUCCCACCAAGACAGGAAUUAAGUGCUCCCAACUGGUUGGGAUUUUCUUGCUUGGCCCCAGAUGGUUUAUCCAAGCAAGACUGGACGUAUAUUGAGGGUGCUACAGCAUUGCUCACCUUGUAAGGGAAAAAAACAAUCAGUGCUUGUAAAAUGCAACAGAGUUUGUCCAUUGAAACUCCCUAAGUAAAGCCCAAAGUGUAUGACUUUAAAAAAUCAAAGUUGAUCAAAGAAAACCUGUGAUGACCUCACUCUUCCAGGAAGCACAUUUGUGUUAAUCCAAACCUGAACUCAGAGGGGGGACCUAUCUAGAACACGCCAAAUGUAAAAGGGAAGGAGGGACUUUGCCCUCCUGGGGAGCCACUCUUUUCACCUGUCCCUGCAUCCAACAUCAAGAAGCAUCCUGCAGAUUUGCUGGCCAGAGACCGUGGGAAGUAGAGAAGCGUCAAGGAGCAGAGCUGAGUGCAGUCUGCUGAGGGAGGUAGAGGCUCUGGUUUUAUGUGCUUUUUAAUGUGGGCAAAUAUUUAUACGUGUAUGAAAUUUUAAGUUAAUAAAUUAUCUCUAUGGCUAUUUUC